AUAACCAAUGAUAUAUACAAUGUAUAAAUAGAAAUAUACAUAAACCAUGUCACAUUUAAGGUCAUAUUUAAAAAAAAGAUUAAUAAAACAUUAAAAGCGAUUGAACAAGUAUAACAGAUGAAACUGCGAUCGUUUUUCAAUCCAUGUCAGUAGUACAGAGGUUUUUGUGUCUCCCUCUGCUGGCCGUUUAAGGAAAACAUCUUCAGGAGCCUCUCCUCUGGCGCACGUAGUUGUCAUGGUAACUGUGCAGCAUGUGUUUACAAAAACUAGAGCUUCACUGUUUCGCCGACACUUAUCUCCACACUCUACAUCUACGACGCCAUCUUUCUGCAACGUUUGACCGAGGUGAGUGGGGAAGGGGGGGUCAGACCUCCGACCUUCAGCCAGAGAGAGAGUCUUAGCGAUGAGCGGAGCCGAAGCGCGCAGCGACGCUCCGGUUGCCGAGGAUGUCUCUGGCAGCGGCGGAGGCGGCCACAGCACUGCGGCUGCUGCCCGGGACCGCAAGCCUGGCGGAGGUGUCUUGAAGCGGCUUAAGUCCCGGAGGAGCCAGGUAGACAGCAGGCCUGUUACCGAGGAGGAACUGCGGACCCAGAGUGACCACAUCACACCGGAGGACGUGCUGGGACUGAGGGUGGCAACGCGAGGAUACCUCUGUAAACCCGAGGAAAACAUUUAUAACAUUGACUUUGUGCGCUUCAAGAUCAGAGACCUGGAGACAGGCACCGUCCUUUUUGAGAUUGCCAAGCCCCCCCAUGCAGAGGACGAUGAGGAGAAUAGGGAGGCGGACGCCAGCGCAGGACGGUUUGUACGAUACCAGUUCACCCCAGCCUUCCUGCGCCUGAGGACCGUGGGAGCUACGGUGGAAUUCACUGUUGGAAACAGGCCUCUGAAUAACUUCCGCAUGAUCGAGAGACACUACUUCCGCGAUCACCUGCUGAAGAGCUUUGACUUCGACUUCGGCUUCUGUAUCCCAAACAGUCGCAACACCUGUGAGCACAUCUACGAGUUCCCCCAGCUGUCGGACAGCCUUGUCCGUCAGAUGGUGGAGUGUCCUUAUGAGACCCGGUCAGACAGCUUCUACUUUGUGGAGAACAGACUAGUCAUGCACAACAAGGCGGACUAUGCCUACAAUGGAGGACAGUGAUGUCUGCCUGCGAGCGUGCAAACCUGAGGCCACACACCAAUAUGUGCACGAUGGAUGCACACUGGUACCUGUACAGAUUACACUACAAUCAAUACAGCUACAAACCACAUUGACAGAAAAAGUUUGUAUACAUUUUAGAAUGCAGUAAAAGAUAAAUGAUCAGUUCAAGUAAAAAACUGGAGACGUAAGCUUUCAAUGCCUUUUUUGAAAUUUGCUGUCUUUUCCGUAAAUGUGGUUUGUAUUCACACACGCGACGCAUUCAAACAUUUCAUGAUGUCGUAUAGUACCUGCACACACACACACAUGCACGCACCUCAUGUUUGUGUUUGUAAAAAAUGACUUGUUGUUUGUCAUUGCUGUUAAUUAAUUCAGGGGAUGUACAGUGUGUCGUAUUCAAGAAUUAUAAUAUCAGUUUGUACAGAAAGGAUCAUAGUGAGAAAUUUUAUUGCGAGUUUUUUUCAGAUUACACUUCAGAGGUCAUCAUUCUCAUAGACAGGCGACUGUAGAGAAGAAAGACCAGAUAUUUAAUAGAGGGAUGCUCAUUAAACUCAGAGCGAAUUAAAAACCAUCCUCCACCCUCUUCAGACCGACAGGCACAGACACAUAUGCUCCUUCUCACCUACAGUAAUCCCCUAAGUGACACAAACACUGCUGUGUUUCUGCUGUGUUUGUCAGAAACAGCUGUUCUCAGAGCUGUGGACGCCGCAGUCCACUCCAAAUUAUAUAAAGGGGGAGGCAAACAGAAGCCGUCCAUAGAACAUUCCUGUCAAACACACAUGGUCACUCCAGUGAUGCUGUCCUCCAACUAACACAAACACACACACAUAUAUAGACGAAACAUUAUUAUUAUUAGUCUAAUAGAGAUGAUGUAUUCUUUAUCUCUCAGCUUUCUAUUUUUCGUUUUUUUCAUUUAAAAGAUCAGGGACCAACUAACUGCAUUAUAUUUUAUUGUUCCGUUUUGAUUAAAUAACUCUUACCGACAGUUGAGUUAACCUAGUGAAAGUCUGUGUUAUUUAAUUAUCGUGGUUCAUGUGAUGACAUAAGAGAUUUUUAAAAAGAAAAUUGUACAGUCUACUUUUUCCAAGCUAUAGUGAUGGACAAAGAUUUCAGGCAAUAUUCUUAUUAAACAUCUUAUUUUAAUAACCUGUGUUGAAGAAAAAAAUCAGUUUAUUGUGUUUAUCUGAAAAUACCCAAAUCAAGUUAGAACUGCGUGGUUUUUUGGGUGGUAUCUGUCGAGAUAGUGCACCUACUUUUUGUACCUUGUUAACUUCCGGUGUUCAGGGUUGAACAAAUUGUUUAUGUAAAGACCAAAAAAAACAAAAAAAACAACUAUAAAUAUGUAAAGAGUAAAGAGAUAAAUGUACAUUUUUGAUAUGCUGCGUAUUUUGCUUCUUUUUUUAAGUAGAUAACAAAAGUUGAAGAAAGUUUAUUUAAAGUUGGAGAAGCCAAGUCCCAGCAGUGUCCACUAGGAGGAGUUAUACUAUAACUCAGCCCCGUAGACUCCCAGUGGUUUCACCUCAGUCUCAUAUUUGUUUGUGGGGGAAAAAGAAAAUCACAGCUGUAUGUUUUAUUAUUGCGCUGACAACGUUGUCAUUGGUGUUUGCUUCAAGCAAAGUUGAAUGACUUUAAACGAGGGCAGGCUCUGAUUUGUCUUACUUUCCUGCAGCAACAACUCUACACUAAUAAAUAAGACAUUUAUUCCACAUUAUUAAUUCACAUCCUGACUAAAAAUGACAAGUGAGCAUUGAAAAAGAUCGGGAUUGUCACACUUUGAUCGUCCGUUUUUUCCCCACCCCAAUUCCAGGGGGAUUUAAACCCAAAACUGAGAGUCUUUCUGUUUAUUCUUUCUCAGGCUGUUUUCUCCUAUCAUUGUGUUCAUCUCUGUCUUUCUCUCUCUCUCUCUCUCUUUUGCUCUCUCUCUCUCGAUUUCCAUCUCUCUUUCCAGCUCUCAUGCCCAAACACUCACAUGCUCUUUUCUCUCUCACCUUUCCUUUUCUGUUUUUUCUCUCCACACCUAUGCAACUUGCUCUCCCGCUCUGUUUUUCCCUAUUCUUUCCUCCUCUCUCACCUGGUAACCAGACCUCUAGAGAGGAGUGUUGAGUUUCCACUUUCCCAGAGAAGAGGACAAUCUGAGGCACACAAAGACCCACAAUGGAUCCCCUCUGCUCUCUCCUCCCUGCACUCUGUUGCUGCACAGCUGAACACACAUGCACAGAAACAUACAGUUCAGCCAAGUACAAAAGAAUACAUACAGCCCCUAACUUGUUCAGCACAGUGUCCUGUUUACCUACUUUUUCAGUGUCUUUUUUCUUUAAACUCUACUAAUGCAAAUGUGUUUCCUGGUGAAAUGUCUUUCUAUGAUUGCAUAUUUAUUUGUAGUAGGGUUUGAUUUAUGAGAUUAAACAAAUCAAUUUCUCCGCACCAUAAUGAAGCCCAAAUCUAAUGUGAUACGGCGUUGACUU